UUCAACUAAUUCAGAAAUCAAAUAAAAAUUUUUCAAAGAAUAAUUCUUUUAAAUAAGAAAUUAAAAAUAUCUAAACACAAAUACAAAAAGAUCUAAAUGCUAUAAAAAUGAAUUUGCGUCAAAUCUUAUUUGCUCUCUUGAUUGUACUUAUGGCUACUAUCGUAACAGCCUCUCCUUUGAAUUUAGAUCAAUUAAUUAAGAGAAAAAAUGCUCAAAAAGACGAAAGUCCAUCGAAAGAAAAAGACGGCAAAGUCAAGGCUAUGUUUACAUCUUCUGGACAUGGCUCUGAUCUUUUAUCUUCCGCAACUGGAUAA